AUGCCCACUGGUCCACCUACUUUACCCUUUAUUGGAAACAUUCACCAGAUCACCAAGAAGUACACCCAUAUCAAAUUCACCGAAUGGGCUGCCCAGUAUGGCGGGCUAUACAUGCUCAAGAUCGGAAAUGGCAAUAUGGCCGUCAUCACCGAUCGCCGACUAGUCAAAGAAGUUCUCGAUCGCAAGAGUGGCAUCUAUAGCCACCGGCCCCACUCCUUCGUCUCGCACGACCUCAUCACCAAGGGCAAUCACCUACUGGUCAUGCAUUAUGGCGACCAGUGGCGCACCUUCCGACGACUAGUUCACCAGCACUUCAUGGAGACAAUGGUGGAAACCCACCAAACCAAAAUUGUCAACGCCGAAGCUAUACAACUCGUACGGGACUACAUGAUCGACCCGGAGCACCAUAUGGCCCAUCCCAAGCGGUACAGUAACAGUAUCACCAACUCAAUCGUAUUCGGAAUCCGCACGGCCAACCGGAAGGGAUCAAACAUGCAACGGCUUUAUAAGCUUAUGGAGGAAUGGUCGCAAGUCAUGGAAACCGGCGCAACACCACCAGUAGACUUGUUCCCAUGGUUGAAACUAUUACCACAGUGGAUGUUUAACAACUAUAUCGACCGGGCCAAGUCUAUCGGUGUGCAGAUGGAGACCCUCUACGACAAUAUCUUGAACAAGGUGAUCAAGCGACGGGAGGAUGGCCACAACAAUGGUACUUUUAUGGACAGGGUCUUGGAUAGCCAGGAGAAACAUAAUCUCCCCUGGCACCAACUGGCUUUUAUCGGCGGUGUUCUGAUGGAAGGUGGCUCGGACACUACCUCCAGUCUCACCCUAACUAUCGUGCAAGCAUUGAUCCUGAACCCCGAUGUCCAGCGAAAGGCCCAUGCUGAGAUUGAUGCUGUGGUCGGCCACAACCGGUCACCUGUUUGGGAGGACUUUGAGCGUCUUCCUUAUAUCAAUAUGAUUGUCAAGGAAGGUCACCGGUGGAGGCCUAUACUUCCACUCUGUUUUCCUCACGCACUUGGAGAAGACGACUGGGUUGAUGGCAAAUUCCUCCCCAAAGGCACAACAGUCUUAAUCAACACCUGGGGAAUGCACAUGGAUCCGUCCCAACCGGAUGACCCAACCGCUUUCAUCCCCGAGCGCUUUGCCAAGCAUCCUCAAUUAGCUCCCGAUUAUGUGGCGGGAACAUGGGAACGUCGCGACCAUUACGGCUACGGCGUUGGGCGCCGGAUCUGUCCUGGCAUCCACCUCGCCGAGCGCAACAUGUUCCUGGCCAUUGCCAAACUGCUGUGGGCGUUUGACUUCCAGCCGGGAGAGGGUCCGGUGGAUAGUGAUCCGGUGAGUGGAUAUCAUCACGGCUUCCUUUACUGUGCCAAAGAUUAUUCUUGUCGACCUGUGGUACGCAACGAGAUCAUUCGGGCUACGAUUGAGAGGGAAUAUGCCACUGCGACGACGGAUGUGUUUUCUAAGUUCACUGAGGGAUAG